AUGGAGAGGAGAAAGAAAAGGGAGGUUGGGAGGGAUGCAGGAAGGAACAGAGUGCUCCAAGUCUCUCAGGAUUUUUCUCCUGUGAAGCUAAGAAGCCUCAGAGAAAAGGAAAACAAUUCUUCUCUCAUUUGCUUCUCCUGUGUUGUGCUCACGUGGAAUGUGGUUGGAGAUUGUUCACCCACAGGAGGAGAUGCUUUGUUGCCAGCACCUCAGAGUAUCUCCAUUCUUUCAACCAACAUGAAACACUUCUUAACUUGGAGUCCUGUGAUCGUCCAGGGAGAAACUGUGAGAUACUCUGUUGAGUUUCAAGGGGAAUACGAGCGGGAAUACGCCAACGGGAGCUGGAUCCCCAUCUCGGAGUGCUCCCUCACCACAGCCACCAUCUGCAACCUGACCGAGGACAUCUCAGCCUCCGUGGCCUACAAGCUGCGUGUCAGGGCAGAGCUCGGUGCCACCAGGUCACAGUGGGGCACCACCAAGGGCUUCUUCAACCGCGCCAUGACAUCCCUCACCCCACCCCAGCUGAGGGCCGUGGCGGAUGGGCACCAUUUGCUGGUGGACCUGGCAGACAUGGGGCCCUCCUUCCAGUUCCGGGUGCUCUACUGGAGGAAGGGCCAGGAGACCAGGGUGCAGCAGAAGGUGCUGAGGGAGGUGAGCUCCGUGGUUCACCUGGACACCAUGGAGGCAGGAGCUGAGUACUGUGUGAAGGCUCAGACUCACGUCCAGGCCAUCAACAGGAGCAGCAGCUUCAGCCCCACGCAGUGUGUGAGGGCUCAGGGUGACAAAUCCAUGUGGUUGGUUACUGCCCUCAUCGCCUCUGCUGGCUUUGCUGUGGCAGUUUUGACCCUGCCUCUCCUUGCCUGGAAAAUCAGUAAAAUCUUCCAACACUCCUGCUGCCCUGCUGCUGUCCUGCCAGACACACUGAAGGAAUCAGAGCCCCCCACCCAGCUGAUCCUGCGGGGCAGGGAAGAAGCUGAGCAAUGUGACCUGAUGGUGGUUGUGAUGCCCUCAGAAGAAGCUCUCCAGCUAUGGAUUCAAAAGGCACUUCAGAGCAGCCCAGAAAACCAACAGCCCCUUUGUAGCAGCUUCCUCCAUCCCAUCAAAAGCAAGUAAAGGUGGCAGCUGCCAGUUCCUGUCCCUGUCCUUCAUACCCUUAGGAGCAGACAUGGGGUGACCCAGGCCCCCUUUUUCACCAGAGCAACACCAGGAGAGCCCAGUCUCUUACUCCAAAUCAUUUCAGCCUCGUUGUUUUUAUCUCAGUAAGAGCUUCUUGUGUGGCUAAGCCAGCUGGAAUGAUCAGGGGGAAAAAUGCAGACCCUGAAGUGAGGUGAAAUUCUUUGAAAAAGGCAUGAGGGGAUGUGGCAUCCCAAUCUGUGCACGUGACAGGCACAGUGCUGGUGCCACCAAAACUUGCAGACACCACCAUGAGGGAUGCCUGCUUUCACCAGUGCUUUGGAAGGAGUGCUGUGGGAAACAGCCAGAUCUCUGAAGUGCUUGGAGGGAGCUCUGCAAGACUAACAGAGCAUCACUGACAGUAUACAGCUCCAGUAUCACCCAGUCAGGGUGUCAGAAAUGCAAAAGCUGUGUAUUGUGGCAUUCACAUUCUCUGAAAAAUCCCUUCAACCAGGAGUUUUCUUCCUGGGAAAUUGAGAAGCCUCUGAGAAAAGGAAAACAAUUCUUAUCUCAUUUGUUUCUCCUGUGUUGUGCUCAUGUGGAAUGUGUUUGGAGAUUGUUCACCCACAGGUGAUUGUUCCAUUGCAUUCUGCUGGGAGUUGUUUUCCCUCUUUGGCCAAUCGGGGCCAGGCUGUGUCAGGACUCUGGAGAGAGUCAGGAGUUUUCAUUAUUAUCUUUUUAGCAUUCUGUAAGUAUCCUUUCUGUAUUAUUUAGUAUAGCAUUCUUUAAUAUAAUAUAGUAUAAUAAAGUAAUAAAUUAGCCUUCUGAGAA